AUGGCGGGACACAAGCCCUCAAACCAGACCCUUCAGCCAGUUAGUGGUGGGAGCGGACCCAGAGGGCCAAUGCCGAUGGGUUUUGACACUACUGUUUGGUUGAGUGGCCAGGCAGCCCCUGGCAGCCUGAUGGUCCGGCCAGGGAUCCAGAUAGGGGUUAGCCCGGGCCCUGAGGUGUGGGAGGUGCCCCUGAGUCCCCCACCAUACACGUUUCGGGGCAGGAUGGUGCUGUAUGAGCCCAGGGUAGGAGCUGGCGAGGCGGGGACCUGGUUCCAGAGCCCCUCGGAAGGCACCUUCCACAGGCCCUGCAACGUCCUGCGGUGCAUCCCGAGGCUGGCACUGCCCGAGGAUGUCUCAGCCGUAGAAAAAGAGAUGGAGCAGCUAGCCAAGGAGCUGAGACAGAGGAGAAUGAGCCUUGGGUACUCGCAGGCCGACGUGGGGUUCGCUGUGGGCGCUCUUUUUGGAAAGGUGCUUAGCCAGACCACCAUCUGCCGCUUCGAGGCUCAGCAGCUCAGCCUCGCCAACAUGUGGAAGCUGCAACCACUACUGAAAAUGUGGCUGGAGGAAGUGGACGCCAAGAACCUUCUGGGGUUAUGCAGAAUGGAGAUGAUCCUGCAGCAGGCUCAGAAGUGGAGACGGGCAAGCAGGGAAAGACGCAUCGGAAACAACCUGGAGCAAUUCUUCCUGCAGUAUCCAAAGCCCACGCCCCAGCAAAUGAGCCGCAUCGCUGGACAGCUCCGGCUGCGGAAGGACCUGGUCCAAGUUUGGUUCUAUAACCGGAGCAAGAGGGGGAAUCUGCCAGCUAAUUAUUUCUCCUCACCGGAGGUGGGGGUUGCCAGGCCUCCUUUCCCAGGGGGAACGGUGUGCUUUCCCCCAGCAUCAGGGCUCCAGUUUGGUCCCCCCAACUAUGGAGGACCUUACUUUACACCCUUGUACUCCUCAGCCUCUUUCCCUGAGGGAGGAACCCUGCUCUCUGUCCCGGGCACCACUCGGGGGCUCCCCAGACUUUCCAACUGAGGGACCUGCCCUUCUGGGGAGAACCAAGCUGGGAAAACGGAUCCAGGGCAUUCAUGUCAGGGCUUUUAGCAUUAAAUUCUCCAUUCACUGUCUAAACAAGUUAAGAAUACACAUGUACGGGGUGGGGUGAUAGAGUGGGAGUAAUUUUUAAAAACCAAGGAAGGGAAAUUGAAGUUUAUUGCUGCUUUGUGUUUUUCCUUUUGUU